AUGUACAUUGGACUCAACCUAACGACCGCCUCUUCAUUUCAAAUGUUACGAGGAGCUGUCAUUAUCUUUACGGGACUUCUCUCAGUUGGCAUGCUUCGUUAUCGAUUUCAACCAUUCAAAUGGUUCGGCAUGCUUUUUGUGACACUGGGACUUGUCGUUGUUGGAGUGACUGACAUUGUUUAUGACGACUCGACAACCGAUGACACAAAUGGGAUCAUCACCGGCAAUCUUCUCAUCAUUAUGGCUCAGAUUAUCGUCGCUAUCCAAAUGGUUUACGAGCAAAAAUAUCUCCAGCAAUACGAUGUGCCAGCUCUUUUCGCUGUCGGUCUUGAAGGUUUAUUUGGGAUGACGAUCUUGGAUGUUAUCUUUGCAAUGAAAGAAAUUGGGGAAUGCCCGCUAAUUGCCGUGGCUCUUGGUGGCACAAUUGUCAGCAUUGCAUUUUUCAACUUCGCCGGAGUAUCGGUCACUAAAGAGCUCUCGGCAACAACAAGAAUGGUUCUCGAUUCAGUGCGCACAUUGAUCAUUUGGAUUGUUUCAAUUCCAUUCUUUGAUGAAAAAUUCAUUCCAGUCCAGAUCCUCGGUUUUGCAUUGUUGCUUCUUGGAAUGUUUGUCUAUAACGACAUUUUCUUCGGUCCUUUCACUCGUCGUCAUAUCAUUCCACGAAUGGGAGAAGACAAUCCGUUGACCACUUGCUGCUUUAACUUCUGUGGUGCGGAUACGACAGAAAUCGAUCGUCAACAACUCAUCGAUGAAGAUGAGGCU